CCACGUUCUAAGCCUCAGCUGUUUCGAUUCCCCGCAACGCAACUCGCUGGGGGCGACAUCCCGAAGCCGACCGCCGUAGCCCGUGAGCCGCGACAUCAGAUCAUUUCGGCAUCUAACUCAAGUGAGAGACGCUAUCUUACCGAGGGACAACUCAGGAACACGACACGUAUUUGGGAAACUGACGUGUUUGUCAUGGCGAGGCAAAACACGCCAAGGCACUUUUUAAUUAGGGGGUCUUUAAGCUUAAAGGCGCUGAGGUCCCCCCACUGUAAUCAACGGUUCAACAUUCAUGAAUGCCACUUGCGUCAACCACCUUCAACGUCACUUCAGGAACAGAGAAAAUCUCCGAAUUAAACUGCAACAAAGCAAGACACACAUAUUUAUUAGUGGAAAGCCACCAAAGUCAUGUGCAUCGUACUUCUCACUACUGCGCAUCCCGAUUAUGCAUUAAUUGCGAUCGAUAAUCGGGACGAGUUCAUUCUUAGGCCUACAUCGCGGCCUCACUGGUGGACUCAUGGUACAUCUGGCCGACCAGUCUUAUCGUCACGGGAUCUUCAACGAGCAGAGAAAGGUACAUGGAUGGGCAUUAGCAAGGACGGUCUGAUGGCCGUACUCACCAAUUACCGAGAGACAGAUGUUCAGGACCAGAACCAUCCUAUUCAUGCUGCCAAAAGCCGCGGCGGUAUGGUCACCGCCUGGCUGGGAUCACCACCCGAAGAGAGCCUCAAGGACAGCGUCAACAAACUGGUCGAGAACGACGGCGUUAAGGGCGUCGGCGGCUUUUCCAUGGUUUGCGGCAAGCUGAGGAAGCAGACCCAAGGCAUCGCCAUCGUAAGCAACCGAGCAGGUAAUGUGGAGGAGGUGCCUAUUAUCGCCAAAGAGCGCGGUGAGAUCUGGGGCCUGAGCAACACAGCCUUCGAUGCGACAGGGAAACAAGACGAAUGGCCCAAGAUCGCCAUGGGCAAGAAGCUAUUCCGCGAAGCUAUCGACAAAUCUGUAUCCGACAAGAAAAGCAAGGAUGACUUUGUUUCGGACCUCUUUGAUGUUCUCAGCCACGACACACUACCAAGGAACGAAAACGCCAGUCUUGUCGAGUAUAUCUACGAACUCAAGAAGAGCGUUUUCAUCCCAUUGAUUGGCGACGAAAAGCAUCGAAAGGCAAUGGAAGCGGCCAUGGCGAAAGGCCCCGGCGAAUGGACAGACGAUCAAGUAGCUGCUGAAGAGCUGAUGUCUGAAGGACGACCGGAUCCAAGCACAACACCUAUCAUGGGAUUCGAGACUGGCAUGUACGGCACCCAGCGACAGACCGUGGUUCUGGUCGACUGGGAGGGUAAUGUCACGAUGGUGGAGAGGGCGCUUUGGGAUGGAAAUGGCAAUGUGGUGCCCAAGGGAGAAGGCGAUUUCAAGUUUGAGUUUGAGAUCAAUGGAUGGAAUGAUGAGUUUUGUAAUGGGAGCACAAAUGUUACGAAUGGAGAAACGAAUGGCCAUUUGUAGAUAGUGUUGAGAUGGUUGUCAUGAAGACGAUGCAUUGGAUAGGAAGCCUUAGACAAAGAAUAGACACGCACCGAUACGAAGACCA